CAGCGAGGGAAGUUCCAGCCGGGCUUCGAGCAGAGAGAGGGAGUUGCGGUCCCCUCUCCGGUUACGGGUACUCGAGAGUUGUAGCCCAGACUGAGAUAGGACCAAAGAGACUUUAUAUCUGUACAAGGAGAGAAUGGCCAUGCUGGGAAAGUUCCUCUCCUUCCGGAGAUUGGCCCUGAUCCUGCCAUGCUGCGCCCUUGGUCUGUUCCUGGCCCAACACUUACUCAUCACGGGGGAUUUGGAGAGUCUGGUGGGAGAGAGGACCCUGCUCAAAUCUCCCUUCACCAUGCUGAUCAACUCUGAUCGCUUGUGCACGCCUGGCUACUACUCUGCCGUCGAGCUGGAACCGGCCGCGCUGCGCCCCCGGGAGAAGCCCGGAGCGCCAGGUGCCUCAGGGAACGCGCUGGUGCUGGACAACCUCAGCCUGGAGGAGGCGACCCAGAGAUCUCUCGGCUUCCAGAAGCACGGGUUCGAUGCAUUCGCCAGUGACCGGAUCUCUCUGCAUCGUGACCUGGGACUGGACACCAGGCCUCCAGAAUGCAUCAGCCAAAGGUUCAAGCAUUGCCCGGCGCUGCCACACACCAGUGUGAUCAUCGCAUUCCACAACGAGGCUUGGUCUACCCUCCUGAGAACUGUCUAUAGCGUUCUGCACACCGUCCCCGCCCUUCUCCUCAGAGAGAUCAUUCUUGUGGACGAUGCCAGCACUGAAGUCGAUCUGAAGGAACCACUGGACAGAUACAUGGAGAACCUCCCCUUGGUCAAAGUGCUGAGAAAUUCAGCAAGGAAAGGGUUGGUUUCUGCCAGGCUGCUGGGAAGCUCCGUAGCAACGGGAGAAGUGCUGGCCUUCCUCGACUCACACUGCGAGUGUUUUGAGGGCUGGCUGGAGCCCCUGCUGGCCAGGAUAGUGAAGCUGGAGCAUGUUGUGGUCAGCCCCCAGGUCACCCCCAUCGACCGGCGCACCUUCGAGGUCGAGAAGCCCUCGCCGACGGAUACCACCCCCUUCCGUGGCAGCUUUGACUGGUCACUCUCUUUUGCUUGGGAGGAGCUACCAGUCUACGAGAACGAGGCAAGGAAGGACAACAGCUUCCCCUUCAGGACCCCAACUAUCCCCGGAGGACUUUUUGCUGUGUCCAAGGCCUACUUUGAAUACAUUGGCGCCUACGACACGCAGAUGGAGAUAUGGGGCGGAGAGAACCUAGAGCUGUCCUUUCGGGUCUGGCAGUGUGGAGGCCGACUGGAGAUAAUACCCUGCUCCGUAGUGGGACACGUGUUCCACAGCAACAGCCCUUACGUAUCCCGAAGUAGAUCCCCCUUUGUAUAUCGUAACCUGGUGCGAGUGGCUGAGGUGUGGAUGGAUGAGUACAAAGAUAUCUUUUACGACCGGGUCCACGAAGCGGCAGAAGUCGCAAGGAAGGGUCUGUUUGGUGACAUUUCUGAGAGGAGGCAGCUCAGAAAGCGACUACAGUGUAACAAUUUCUCCUGGUACCUCCAGAAUGUCCACCCGGAGCUGUAUGUCCCCACUAUCCGACCAGUGAUGCACACUACCCUGAUGAACCAAGGCAGCUCCCUCUGCCUGACCACAGGAGCGACCGAAGUGUCAGUGUCAAUGUCCUCCUGCAGUGGACAAGAGGAACGUCAGAACUUUGAGUACACAGACAAGGGUGAAAUCAUCAGCAAAGAAGCCAGCUCACAGUGCCUGCAGGCUGGCCUUCUCGUCAUACUGCUGGUCAGGUGUGCUGCCACCAGUAGGGGGGUCCACAUGCCCCCAGAGCAGAGGUUUGCACUCAAUCAGGAAGGAAUGAUCCUGAACGCCGGCUUGGGGCUCUGCUUGUCGGUGAGGGGAAAGCAGCUGAAGAUGGCAGAAUGCGACCACUCGGAUAUGUGGCAGCACUGGAUGUUCAUCAAACGUCAGGUCAAGUGACCCACUGCCUUCGCCUUGUGCCAGCCUUGCACUGAUGGAACUCGGGGUUGCCCUAUUCUGGUCAGAGGUCACCUCAGAAGUGCCAUCACACGACUUCAUCCCCUACUGCCAAUGGUCAUCUGACACGCCCAUCACCCUUGCACCCAACCUCAGCCCUCCUUGCAUUCCCACUGGAUGGUGAGUUCUCCUGACUCAGAUGGUCCAUAUGGCAAAAUCUGCAACACAUACAAAAUGCUGGAGGGGCUCAGCAAGUCUGGCAGCAUCUGUGGAGAGGAAUAAGCAGUUGACGUUUUGGGCCGAGGCCCUUCAUCAGGACUGGAAAGGAAGAGACAGCAGCCAGAAUAAAUAAGAUGGGGGGAUGGAGGGAAGAAGUACACAUUCACAGAUGAUAGGUGAGACCAGGUGAAGGUGGAUGUGUGGGGACUACUCAGGUUGAAGGAGCAACAUCUCAUAUUCCUUCUGGAUGGUCACCAACCUGAUGGCAUGGAGAUUGAUUUCUCCACCUCCUGGUGAUUUCCUCCUCCUUCCCCUCCUCUCUUUUUAUCAUUCCCCAUUCUGGUUACCCUCUCACCCCUUCUCCUCACCUGCCCAUCACCUCCCUCUGGUUCCCCUCCCUCCCUUUAUUCCAUGGUCCACUGUUUCCUCCGAUCAGAAUAGGUCUUCUUCAGCCAUUUACUUUAACCUAUCCCCCUGCCUUACCCAGUCACCUUCCCCCUCACCUGCUCUCACCUGUUACCUACCAACUUAUAUUCUUCCACCUCCCCCAUCAUCUUGUUCUGCCCUCUGCCCCCAUCUUUUCUAGUCCUGGUGAAGGGUCUCAACCCAAAACAUUGACUAUUUCCCCUCCAUAAAUGCUGCCUGAGCUGGUGAGUUCCUCUAGCAUUUUGUGCGUGUGUGUUGCUCAACAUUUCCGGCACCUGCAGAACUUAUUGUGUUUAGAAUCUCCUUCCUUUGAUAUUUUCACACUUGUAUUUUCAGUCACUCUCCUGGUUUAUCCUCAACUUGCCUCGAGAUACCUGAGUGAUUGUAAUUAGUUCUGAUCAAAUUAGACCAGCUCCAGAAGUUGGGGUGGCUGGAGAACUUACAGUGAACAUUGAAUAGCACCUGAGAGAAUGUUCUUUAAUGCGUGUCAGGUGCGAAGGUCAAAAUGUACAUUAAUCUGAGGUAUGAUUAGGGAGAUGGGUCAUAGAGACUGUUGCUUCCUACAAAGAUUGUCCGAUAAUUUUGUAUGUUACCACUGGUUCUGUUGUGUUUAAAGUGAAUUUUCUUACAUCAUUUACUGUUAAAAAUUAAAGUGAUAUAAAAUGAAAAAAAAAACAUGUUACUUAAAAGUAAAACCACAAGAAAGCCUUUUGGAACUAAAUAAUGUCUGAUCUACUGUAUAUAUUUGUUCUAUAUUGUCUCAUCAAACACUCCAAGGGCGGAAACAGCAAAGUUCAAUACAGAAUGAACAGAAUAAAUC